CUGUCACCUGAGAAAGAAAGCAGCUUAUGUCAAGGAAGGAGAAAGGCCAUAUGUUUUUGUGGGGGUGGGGGGGUGGGGCCAGUCGAGGCAACUUUUUAAAUAAGGAACUAAUUCCCCUUAUGCAGACAUGCCGCCCUAUCAAUGAUAUUCAUCAUGAUCGGUCCACUUGCUUCAGAAUAUCCUUAAGGUAAAAGAUAUGAAGACGAACAUGGUGGGGCAUUGUACAGAAUGAGUGACAAAAUUUCACAGCUUUAAUGCUCGGAAAAUAUGAUUUCCCACGAAAGCUAACAGAUUAAGUCAUUGGCCGAAAUACGAAGUACACAUUUCUUUGAGAGUAACUGCAAAUGCGCCAUUCCCGUUUUUUCCUUGUCAUCCUAGAGGAGACACCCUUUAUUCUGUCCAUCUGAAGCCGUCUUACCCCUCCCUUCUCUUUAUCGAAGCUUGCAACAAGACUUCUUUCUUUCUACGCUUUUGGCGUGCCGCUGCUCCCACAAGAUGGGCAUUGUUUCCUCUCACUGUACGCGAUUUGCGCAGCCCGGCGAUUAAGCCCGAGGCCGUGAGCAAAACGCUACGCCAGACGUCUCGCUUACAGUACUGUGGCUUUCGUAUACGGUGAUAGCGUAAGAGUGCAACGGCAGCGGAGCACAUACGGUAACCCCUCCCCGUGUUCUCGACACUCUUGACUUACAGUAGUGCGGCUGGGCUCAAGCCUCGCGUUGGGAGACGCUCUCUGCAACGGGUGUCCGAAGCGGAAAGGGGCGAGUGAUUCCCAAUCUUCGGUUACGCUGCUUGCGUAGUAUGCGCCGAAGAAGAAAUCCCGGGCAGCGCUUUUCUCCACCCGCUGCCUCUGCGCCGUUGACGUAGUAUGCCCCAAGAUGGCGCCGCGGGUCGUCGUCGUUUGGCGGCGGUGGCCGAAACGUUGCAGAAGCUGCGGUCCUAGCCCUGGAGGCAGCAGAGAGCGGGAACAAGGCGGCGGGUGGACGGCGACAGUAUUUGUAGCAAGUAGCGGUGCAGAGGGGGCUUCCCUCCUUUUCGGCUGUUGUGUGAGGAGGCAGAGACUCUCUGGGAUAGCGGGUCCUCCGCCCCCUUCAGGCAGGGAGACCCUCCAACCUAACCCGCGUGCGGAGCCGACACCCUUUUCUCGGAUCAUCUCGCUGCUGCCUCCCUAGUGGGCCUCCCCACCCUUUCCCCGACCGGAGAUGAUGAAGCUCAAGUCCAACCAGACUCGAACCUACGACGGGGACGGAUACAAGAAACGGGCGGCUUGCCUCUGCUUCCGCAACGAGAGCGAGGAGGAGGUGCUGUUAGUUAGCAGUAGUCGUCAUCCUGACAGAUGGAUUGUCCCUGGAGGUGGAAUGGAACCUGAAGAGGAACCUAGUGUGGCUGCUGUGCGGGAAGUUUGCGAAGAGGCUGGAGUGAAAGGGACAUUAGGAAGAUUAGUAGGAAUUUUUGAGAACCAAGACAGGAAACACAGAACAUAUGUUUACGUACUUAUUGUCACAGAAGUAUUGGAAGAUUGGGAGGAUUCUGUGAAUAUUGGAAGGAAAAGGGAAUGGUUUAAGAUAGAUGAUGCCAUAAAAGUUCUGCAGUAUCACAAACCUGUACAGGCUUCAUACUUUGAAACCUUAAGGCAAGGCUAUUUGGCUAAUAAUGGCACUCCUGUGGUGACCACUUCAUUCUCGAAGGAGAGCUCACUAUCCGACAUCAGAUGACUGAAGAUAAUCAUAUCAGAGAAGUUUGAAACAUAGACUGAAACUUGGAUUUCCUUUCUUCCCCUCUUCUCGCCGCUUUCACAUGCGUUCUUUGGUAAACAAGACAUGUGCAGCAGCCUUUGGCAGAGCAGAUGUUUGAGUGUUGCAUUAUAGUGCAAAGUGGGUGGUUUGGGGUUUUUUUGUUUUUGCUUUUUCUUGGAUAUGUAUUUUGUAAUACACAUUUUGUGCAUGAAGUGCCCCUUCCCUAUUAACAAAAAAAAUUGACAAUGUGAACAGCAAGGCUAUUACUUUCAUCUAUGCCUUGUCUUCUGAAAUGUUCUUGUAUAUACUAUUCCAACCAUAGCCAAAUCUCUUAUCUUUUCAGUAAAGAAGGCUACAAAUGUGAGAUCAAUUCUUUAUGUCUUAGAUUUUGUACUGUAAGGUACUGUUGAGGUCUGUGUGGUGGCCACUUGCUCCACAUCUGCACGUAACAUUUUUUAGAGGGAGAAAUCUAACACUGAUUUUGCAAGAUUUUUUUUUAAAAAAACACAAGCUGCUUCUAUAAAGAGGGCUUCAUAAACUUGUCUGCCUUGUUCUUUAAAAAAAAAAUCUUUACGACAGUGUUAGUGGCUGAGCCAGUUUCAUUCCCUGCAUCCUAUUCCCUGACCCAAACUUAAUACAAUGAGACUGGAAGGAGACUUGCAAAGCAUCCCUGAUGCUCAAUUCUUUCUAUAGUUUCAACCAUUAUGUCAUGUAACAAUGGACAGAAUCACAAAGAAUUGGUUAUCAUUCAUUCAAAAGCAUAUGGGGUCAGAAACCUAAUGAAUUCUAAUUUGAGUAAAUAGGAAUCAGGGAUUCGAAAUGAGUUUAAAAAUGUGAACUGGAACAUCAAGCACUAAUGUGUAAAAUGAUUUAUCUUCCUGUUGCAUACUGCUGGUGUCUUUUUUUGGUCCAUAUGCCUUACAUCUUACUGAACUGGAUAUUGUAAUUUGUGCUAAAGCAUUGGAUUGUACUUUGAGUGUCACCUCAUGGUGGGACAGUCACUUUAUGUCCCUGAAAAGAAUUCCCAGGGAAAAAUUCAAGUGUCCAGUCUCCUUUGUCUGUAAUAUUGUAUCAUGGAGCACACUCAGAAUUAUAGACUUAAUUUCUUAAGCAGCAAAGGUACAGCUAGUUCCCAAGUAGAAUUGUUUAUAUGGGGAUCUGUGUCAUUUAAUAGGAUAGUUAACCUGAUACAUUGGCACACAUCACAUUUUUGUUUCUGUUGAUGUUUCAUACUGUCUUGAUUUGCCAAUAGUGUUGUCUUGUUUUUUUGGAACGGGCUGUGGGAGGGGGUGGAUCUGGGUAGUUUGGGGAGGGGCAUUAGUUCAUCCCUGGCUUGAGACAGGACCUAGUUGCUAUAUUUGGUGACUACUUCUUUGUCACAGUAUAGCUAAGAUGUGAAAUUAAACCUGCAGUACUCCAAUUUAAUAGAUAAUUCUCCCUCCCCCUUAUAUGCUUAAAAUACAUUUAAAAUAUUCUGAAAUAGUCAUACAGCCUGAUGAAAAAUAAAUUAGUAUAGUUUCUUCAAUGGACAGUUGCUAUAGAACCAAUAAUAUGUUUUUUUUAGUUUUGAAUUCCCUACUUUCUGUUAAUAGGAUAGGAUUUCUUAAUAUGGUAUCACUGAAACCAAAAGCAAUACACAGUACAUGCUGAAAGGUGCAGUUGAAACAAGUGGCUUAAACUUGAUCUUGAACAAAUGAAAAAUUAUGUUAUGCCACUUUAUUGCCCUUCAUUUUAACAAAUAAUAAAAUUUAGCUGAAUGAGCUUGACUAAUGUCUUGAAGCGUACAAUACAAUAAUUAUUUAUUUUACUAAGUAUACGUGUAACACUAUCCAGGAUAGCAAACUAUUGCCUUUAACUAAAGGUUUUGUGUCUCAUUGAACUGAUUAGGACACAGACAACUGAAAGAGAACUGAGACUCCUGAUGGAGAGACUGCAGUUUUAAUAUCUAUAGCAUGCACACUUUUUUAAAACUCUAAAAUGUUUUUAUAGGGCUGUUAAACUGACACUUUAGAAUAGAAUAUUGUUAAUGAUAUUCUAAUAGUGAUUUCUUGUUUGCUUGGGAAAAAUAAAUUGUGCCAAGAAAGUAGUUUAAUGUGGGAUGAAUGAUGCUGUUUAUACAACUGCACUGAGUUGCUGAUGUUUGCCUUCUGAACUGGAAGUGGAAGAUGUGUCUCCUGGGGUAUAAACUGUCUGGAUUAUUGGUAAACUUCCUCCUGUUUACUAAAAUUCACUAUUACACCUCCUUUUAAUGCACUAUAUUCAUACCUUUUCCAGCAUCUCAGGGUACUCUGUAAUAAACAAGCCAAGAAGCUGUAGUAAUACAAUGAAAAUGCAUUAUAUCAAUUCACUUUUUCACAUUUCUAAUUACACUGGAAGUUCCCACAUUGUCAAAACAUGCAUCAAGAAAGAGAAUUUUCAAAUACAGUUUAUUCUAAGUAGGCAAGUUGGUCACCAUAUUGGACUUUAAACAUUUUAAUCCUUCAGUGAUUGCUGGAUUUGUCGAUUAAAAUGCAGAUUGUUUUGAUCUUUAUUUACAAAACUCUUAACUUUACAUACUGAAAUUAAGAAUUGCUGGCAGGAACAAUAAAAUCAUGUGAAAAUCGUUCUUUCCCUAUAAAAUGGUUUAGUAAUUAUGUUUGGCAAUCAGAUAUUCAGGAGAUCAGGUAUUUUCUCCAAAAAAAAUGUAUUACUUAGCCAUGGGUUUUAUUUUUAUGUAUAGAUUUCUGGUCCUUCACUGUUUCAGAAGAGGCUCAACAUUUGCCAGAAUUAGUUGAACUUGCACACUUUUUGAUUUAAAUAUUUGCUGGAACAGUGCAAGUAGUAUUCUGGAUUUGUAGUUAUGUAUAAGUUCAAAUGAGAUACCAAUACUCUCAUCAGAUGAAUACUAGAUGGGCUUUUGCGUUAUGUGUGCUCUAUGCCAGCCCUUAAUAGAGUGGCACACUGGUGUAGAUAUCCUUUGGAAAAGGAACUUUGGAGCAUAAAUAUGGCAUCUAUUUGCAACUAUUUAAAGUAGUUGCAUUUUUUCGUGGGAUCACAUGGCUUUCCUCUACAGCUACCAGGAUUCUGGGGAAAGAUGGGACUACUUUAAAGAGCUGCAGACAGCUGCCAUCUUCCUGCCCCUAUGUGCUCUGAAGAGUUCUUUAAAGAGUCAGAUCUAAAGCAUUGUAUAGCCUUACUUUCUAAGUCAGGUGACAGUGCUACUUAAAAUUUGUUUGUGACUGUUAAUUGGAACAUAGUAUCUACUGAAGCAUAGUUAAUUGGAAACAGUAGCAUUGUGAGUUAAAAUGCACAACUUACGUUACAAUUUCCAAUAUGGAAAUUUCUUAUUAGGAAGACAAAGGUUCAGGCUCUCUGUAGUCAUAUCUAAUAUCCCAUGCCCUAAAAUACAUUAGUAAUUACCUAAUACAUUCUUCUCUGUUUUGAUGUCUAGAUUAGAAAGUGUAUGGGAUGUAGUGGUAGAAUAUGCAGGAGUAUUUUACUAUGAAUUAUCCUUUGAGUUUAACCUUGAAUCAGUUAGAAUGUCUGAAAAUGGAGUGGUGGAUCAACUUUGAAGAGUUUAGCCUAAAAGUAUUGCAAUGAUUUUAAUAGCAGUUUUUCUUCCACUCAAAAUAUUAUAUUUGUUAACAGUAUUCUUAAUUUUGUUCCUCACUCUUCAGCUGCCUCCUUUUUUUCAAUAAGCUUAUUUUAUUUGUUUUUAAAUCUGCCAAUAAAAAAAUAAAGUGCCGUAUUAUCCUAGCUAGUGCUUAUGUAGGAAUAUGCAAUUAGAUAUGUUAGCUAUCUAAUUUGCAUUUGUGAAAUUGUUUUGGCACUUGAAUUUACAUAAUUCCCAUAAAUGCCAAUAUUUCUUUUUCUCUACAACUCUGUUUUGUUGAUAUGAUAGGCAGCAAUAGUAUUCUGUGAAAUGGAUAAGUGGAUGGAUCUCUUCUCCCCAUUCUGAUUUGUACUAGAUUCUUAGACAUUAGCUCAGAUGAUUGGGAAGGGACACCUUCCAUGCCUGCUUCCUUUGUGUAGCUUGCUACCUCCAAGUAUACAACAUAAGAAGUAUUGAAGAAAAAUGGUCUGGGGUAUGCCUAUAUUUAGAACAACAUUGAGGAAGUGUUUAGAGAGAAAAUUGGACUUAAAAUCCAAUUUUGAGGAGGGAGGAUCAUUCUUACAAUUGCAAUUAAUAUUCUAAACCUCUUGAAGUUCAUACUUGUAA